GAAUUAAUUUCCAAACAAUUCAUGCUUCGUUCUUUUUUGGAAAAGUAUUGGUCAAUUAUCUUGUAUUCAUAUAUUCACGUACGUUCCGAAAUAAAGGAUGGAAAGGAAAUAGUCAGUCCAGUUUGUCAGUGGAAUCACUGGCAUAAAAAGGAAGAAACUAUAAAGAAAUUAUCCAAAAAGUCCUACAAGAGAAUGUUUGCUAUUUUGCAUGAAGCUGAAAGGAGAAGGAAAGAAAAGGAGCCACAUCAUAAAGCCAAUGAAAAUAAGUUCAAGCUUUGCAUUACUGGUCCUGGUGGUUCUGGAAUUCAUUGCUUCAUCUAUAGAUACUUGUACGAUCGAUUUAUUGCUGAAUAUGAUCAUCCAAUUGAUGAAACAUUUCGUAGGAAUAUUCAUUUCAAUCAAAGACAGUUGAAAUUGGAAAUUUGGGAUAGUGGUUUUAGGCAUGAUUAUUAUUUAUAUGAUCAAGCAAAACUUAAAGGAGCAAGAGGAUACAUUGUUUUGUUUGCUGUGAAUAGCCAUACAACAUAUUUCGAUGUUUUUGAUAGAGUAAUCAGAUCAAUAGUUAAUAUUAAUGAUGAUGAAUCCGUUCCAAUAACUGUUUGCAUCAGUCAGAUCGAUCGUUUGAAAUCUGAUUCUACACUAAAUAUGCAACAAGUCAAGGGAAAAGUUAUUGAAAUUUUGACAAGUUAUGAUUGUUCGGAUUAUGAAAUAUUUGAAACAAGCAGUAAGGAAAAUAUUAAUAUUGAAACUGUAGUCGAUAGAACUAUCGAGAAAGGAUACUUUUUCAAUGGAUCUGAAUAUACCAAAAGGAGAGAAUUAUUAGAAAAGGUAGUCAAAAAAGAUACCAAAGUAUUCCAAUCUGAUGGUGGAUGUUUAUUAUCUUGAUUGCAUUGGAACAUACUUCAUUAAUACUCGGACUUGGAAUAAGCAGUGAAAGUUUACAGAUUAAUUUGGAAGAUACAUUCUCAAAGACAUGAUUAAUCAAUUGGAACCUAUGAGAAAUGAGGAAAUUACCAAACCUCAACCUUUCGUAGGUUAUGGACGAAACAUAAAUCGAGCAAUUAUUGGACUAGGUGAAGGAUCUAUUGGAAUUACAUGGGACUGAUGGCAGUUCAAGAUUGCACAUGAGUUGCAAGAAUAAUCGUCAUCAUGAUCAUUUAUUCCACAUGGUAAAAUGUUUAAUAUGGGAAUUAUGUUUCAAGCAACUUUUGGAGGAAAUUGGAGAAUUGAAUAUCAUGAUGUUACUGAAAUAUUUGUGUGUAGUGGAUGUCAACCUUAUAUUUCUAAUCAAACUUGUGGUGUAUUCAAUAACUUGUGGACUCAUGUUGUAUGAAAAAUCAAGGAUAACUAAUAAAUAGAAACAUAACAAGAAUU